GCCUCACUCUGUCCUCCAGGGUGAAAAAGGAGAGUGCAAAUCGAUCGUCAAAACUUGUGAACUGUUAUGAUCAAAAUCAUGUUGUGCAAGAAACGGAGAGGAGAUCACACAAGCCACGACCACAAAAGUCUCUCCAACUUUGGUUUCCCCUUUUCAUGCAAUCUUAUAUUUGCAGCACCUCCUGCAACUGCAACGACAAUGCAAGAACAUCAUCGGGCAGAUCGAGCUCGAGCGCCGAAGAUGGCGAUGAGCAAGCGCACGGCAUCACGCGCUCUCCUUGUCAUGACGGCGACGGUACUCAUUCUGCAUCGGAUCCUCUGCGCUGCUGCCUCGGCGGUCGUCGCAGCGCCGCCGGCGACGAAGCAGACGACGCGGACACCCGCGCUGUUCGUGUUCGGGGACUCCAUCGUGGACCCGGGCAACAACAACGCCAUCAUGACGACGGUGCGCUGCAACUUCGCGCCCUACGGUCAGGACUUCCCCGGCCACAACGCCACCGGCAGGUUCAGCAACGGCAAGGUCCCCGGCGACAUCCUCGCCAGCCAGCUGGGCAUCAAGGAGUACGUGCCGGCGUACCUCGGCACGGAGCUCAGCGAUUUCGACCUCCUCACCGGCGUCAGCUUCGCGUCCGGCGGCUGCGGCUUCGACCCCCUCACCGCCGAGCUCGUGUCGGUGCUCACCAUGGACAACCAGCUGGACCUGUUCAAGGAGUACAAGGAGAAGCUGAAGCGCGUCGCCGGCGCCCACCGUGCCGCCGACAUCGUGUCUAGUAGCCUGUACAUGGUGGUCACCGGCACCGACGACCUCGCCAACACCUACUUCACCACGCCGUUCCGGCGAGACUACGACCUCGAGUCCUACAUCGAGUUCGUCGUGCAGUGCGCCUCCGACUUCAUCAAGAAGCUGUACGGUCAGGGCGCGCGGCGCAUCAACAUCGCCGGCGCGCCGCCCAUCGGGUGCGUGCCGUCGCAGCGGACCAACGCCGGCGGGCUGGAGCGGGAGUGCGUGCCGCUCUACAACCAGGCUGCCGUCGUGUUCAACACGGCGCUGGAGAAGGAGAUCAAGCGGCUCAACGGCAGCGAGGCGCUCCCGGGCUCCGUGCUCAAGUACAUCGACCUCUACACGCCGCUGCUCGACAUGAUCCAGCGCCCUGACGCCUACGGAUUCAACGUGACGAACCGGGGUUGCUGCGGCACGGGGGUGUUCGAGGUGACGCUGACGUGCAACCGGUACACGGCGGAACCCUGCAGGGACCCCAGCAAGUUCCUCUUCUGGGACACCUACCACCUCACGGAGAGAGGCUACAACCUCCUCAUGGCGCAGAUCAUUAACCGAUACGGGCUCUGAAAUGGAUGUCAUGACAGCACAGCGCUGGACUAUGGCAGCGCCGUCCAUACUUCAGAGUCUUCUGCUGAAUCUCUUGUGUCCUGACAACACUGAGUCAUUGGGUGUAUUUUGAUCUUCAGAGGCUUCUGCUGAAUCUCUUGUGUCUUGACAACAUUUGAGUGUAGUUUGAUCUUGUAGCUGAAGUACAGCUACAGCAAUCAGUGGUCCAAUAUCAUAUCCAUGUUUGUAUUAUGAUAAUAUAUAUCACCAGUCUUGUAGCUGAAGUACAGCUACAGCAA